AUGUCGGCAAGUCGUGUGAACCUGGGCGACUUAAUGGCGGUGGUGCACGACAAGUGGGCGACGAGCCAGGGCCUCCGGAAGUUGCGGCGCUACUUCUUUAGCCAAUGGCUGCCGUACAACCGUGCGUACGGUGGAACUGACGAUGUCCGCUUUUGGAAGUGGCAAGUGUACCACAGUCCACCUGGCAGCUCGUACACCAACAAUCCAACCGAGCACUUCAACUGCGAAUUGAAAGAUGCAUGCACCUACCCCUUCCUCCUGGCCGGGCGCCGCUUUCAAGGAACCUUGCUCUGUUUGAAUUGCACGAACAACCUGCGAGUGGAUGGAUCGUUGUUCGAACCCAAGACCCAACUGCCUUGCGGUGCGAUUGUCUGCUUUGGAUUCGAGGCGCCAUUUGCAGCCAUGUGCUGGCCGUAUCCAACGAAGUCGGGAUCAGACAUCCAGGGAUGA